AGCGCCGUGUAGCAUUGGUCGCGACACGUUUCCGGGGUCGUGCAGCAGUUUGGUGGGUGAAUCUUAGCAGCCUGCGGCAUCGUCAAGGGAAACAACCACUUUCUUCGUGGAUUAAAUUUUGCGAGCUUGUAGAGCGUGAGUUUGUACCCUUCAACUUCGAUAGUCUUGUUUAUCAACAGCUGCAAAAUUUACGCCAAGGGACUCGCUCGGUGAAUGAAUACACGACGGAGUUCCAUCGCCUUUUAACUCGUGUCGACUUGCACGAGACAAGGAAUCAGCUGGUUUCACGUUAUGUGGGUGGUUUGCGUACGGCGAUCCGUGAUAUGCUGAACAUGUUUUGUCCCGAGUCAGUGUCGGAUGCUCAUCAACGAGCCCUUCUCAUUGAGGUCCAAAUGGCACAAAAACCGGGGCAGCUCGGGUCUUCUUCUUCGCGCGCGGGAGCUGCAACGGGAGUUGGCCCUCAAUUCGCUCGUCCUGGACCGGCCACAGGUGGCGGGCUUGGCAGCAGCUCCGCAGGUGGACGUCUGUCAGCCUCCGGCAAGAACCCGCAGCGGAUCGGCGGGAUGGGAGGACCGCAGCAGUCGGCGGUUGCUGCAAGGACGGUCGUCGGGUUGCGUUGUUUCGGGUGCGGCGAGAUGGCUGAUUUCUCUUACGGUGGAGACUAUGAAGGGCCGCCGACAUAUGAUACGGAGGCGGGAGAGGUGGAGGAACUCGUACCCGGCGAUGUGGGCACAACCUUGGUCCUUCGGCGAGCCUGCUUGGCGCCAUGUAGUGUGGAUUCACCGGUGGAGCGACAUCAUUUGUUUGAGUCCACGUGUAUAGUCGGUGAAAAGGUUUGUCGAUUUAUUAUCGACUCGGGUUCCUGUGAGAAUGUCAUCGCUCAAGAGGCCGUGGAAAAAUUACAUCUGUCUACUAUUCCACAUCUUCAGCCAUAUACACUUGCGUGGAUUCAACGGGGGAAUGCGAUCACUGUUGACCGCCGUGUGUUAGUUUCUUUUUCGGUGGGCCCGCGGUAUCGUGAUCAAAUUUGGUGCGACGUGGUCUCGAUGGAUGCCUGUCAUUUACUGUUGGGACGCCCGUGGCAAUUCGAUAGAGCAGCCACUCAUGACGGUCGGCUCAACACUUAUUCGUUCUCUUUGGAGGGAGUGAGGUCGUUUUGCAACCUUCUCUACUGCGCCCUUCUUCGACGUCAAGCCC